AUGACGGAGGGCGGCGUAGUGACGGCUCUGUCGGUGCCGUCGAAUUCGCUGCGCUGCCGGGCCCAGUCGGAAUGCCAAGAAGCCCGCCAGGCCCGCCACGAGGUCACCAAACUCCGGAUGAGCUCAAAGAAGGGCGUCGGAGACAAACUGCACCAGGGCGACCGCACCUACGAGAGCAUCGACGAGUUCCUGCGCAAAAAUGUCGACGACAAGCACAAGCGGACGCCGAUUCGGAAGAUUCUUGUCGCUACAAACGGUAUCGCGGCCGUCAAGUGUAUGCAGGCGAUGAGGAAACAGAUGCAGCAGCUCUUCAACAACGACCACAUUGUCUCGUUCAUCUGCAUGACUACCGAACACGAGAUUCGCUCAAACGCAGAAUACCUAAAAUUGGCCGACUGUGUGGUCCACUCCCCCGGCGGCGACAACAAGAACAACUAUGCGAACGUGCACGAGAUCGUCUCGCACGCCAUGGAAAAUAAGGUUGACGCCGUGUGGGCCGGAUGGGGACACGCAUCGGAGAACCCCGAGCUCCCCAAGAAGCUGCACGAGAACAACAUCAUGUUCAUCGGCCCGCCCAGCAACGCAAUGUUCUCCCUCGGAGACAAGAUCGCCUCCAGCAUCAUUGCUCAGACUGUCAACAUCCCAACCAUAAACUGGUCGGGCUCCGGGCUGAAGCUCGACACUUCCGGCCACCAGAAGGGCCCCAUCGAAGUAUCGACCGAGCUGUUCCGGAAGGCCUGCGUCCUCUCCGUGCAGGAAGGGCUCGAGGCGAUGCGUCGACACAACAUCACCUACCCGAUGAUGAUAAAAGCCUCUGAAGGUGGCGGUGGCAAGGGCAUCAGAAAGUGUAAGAAUGAGGCCGACUUCCGCGAGAACUUUGACCAAGUUCAGGCCGAGGUGCCCAACUCGCCAAUCUUCCUGAUGAAAUGCCUGGAGAACGCUCGGCACAUCGAGGUGCAACUGCUCGCCGAUCGCUACGGGACCACCAUCCCGAUCUUCACCCGCGACUGUUCCAUCCAGCGCCGUUGCCAGAAGAUCAUCGAAGAAGCCCCGGCCUGCAUCGCACCCGAGCGCACACUUCGCAGGAUGCAAGAAGACGCCGUGCGCAUCGCCAACCUCGUCGGGUACGAGUCGGCCGGUACCGUGGAGUACAUGUACCUCCCCGACGAGGACAAGUACUUCUUCCUCGAGCUGAACCCGAGAUUGCAGGUGGAGCACCCGUGCACAGAGAUGUUGGCCAGCAUCAACAUCCCGGCCAUCCAGCUACAGAUCGCCAUGGGACUGCCGCUGCACCGCAUCGAGGAGAUCCGCCUCUUUUACGACCUCGACCGCUACGGAGACUCGCCCCUGCCUGUGCAACUCGUCCGCACCGACGCCCAGUACGCCGUCAUCGCCGCCCGAAUCACCAGCGAGGAUCCCGAAGAUUUCUUCCGCCCGUCCACCGGCUCCCUCGAGUACCUGCAGUUCCGGUCGGCACAAAACGUGUGGGGCUACUUCUCGGUGUCGAGCGCCGGCAAGGUGCACGAGUUUGCCGACUCGCAGUUUGGGCAUCUCUUCGCCCGUGGCAGGACCCGUCACGAAGCCGUCUCCUCAAUGCUGUGCGCCCUGCAGGAGCUGGAACUCCGCGCCUCGUUCGCCUCGCAGGUCUCCUACCUGGUCGACCUGCUGAAAGAGGCCGACUUCACCCAGAAUCGCUUCAACACCCAGUGGCUUGACAACCGCAUCGCCAACAAAGUCGUCCAGAAAGCCCCGCUGCCUCGCCACGAGAUGAUGGCCGUCUCCUCGGCUGUCAUCGGCCACGCGCGCAUCUUUGCCGCCUUCAACAAUUUCAAGUGCGCUGUGCAGCGCGGCCAGGUUCUCCCCACUAAAGACCUGACCGAGACAUUCCUCUUCGAUCUCGUCAAGGACAUGAGCAUCUACCGGGUCCAAGUCACCCGCACCGGCCCUCUCACCUACCGUAUCGAGCUGAAUGGCGCGCACACCGAGGUGGAGAUUCGCCUCCUUGGAGAUGGCUCCCUGCUGGUGACGCACAACGAUCGCUGCUACACCUGUCAUCUGGAGGAGACGGCCGAGAGGUUCAAGGUGACGAUCGGUCGCUCGCUCGUCGUCUUCGAGAAGGACAACGACCCGUCCGUCCUAAAGAGCCCCUACACCGGCAAACUGUUGUCGUUCAAGAAAGAGAACCGCGAAUGGGUCAACGUCGGGCAGGUCUACGCCCAAAUCGAGUCGAUGAAGCUGGUCUUCAACGUAGAGGUGAAGCGCGCACCCGGACGACUCGUGCACGUGGCCAAGGAGGGCGACCUGCUCUACCCCGGCUCCGUCAUUGCCAAGCUCGUCGACCAGAAGGACUGCGAGAAGUACAAGCCGCAGCCGUUCACGCAGCCUUUCGAGGAGUGGACGCUAGCCCGGGCGGCUAAGAAGACACUCACCGAGCCGAAGCGCUUCUCCGGCCUCUACGACCGUUGCGUCAAUAUUCUAAACGGGACUGUACCACCAGGCACCGAGUCGCGAAUGCCGGACAUGGUUGCCGAGCUGUUCGAGUGCUUGGAAAACCCGAAAUUGGCCGUUGCCAUGUGCGCUCAGGCCCUUCAAUCGACGCGCUUACCCGAGGAGGUGCUAAAGAAGCUGCGCGAGGCCGAGAAGCUGGGCGGCUGCGAGCGAUUCGACCGGAUGCUCGACGUGCUGAACAACUACUUGGCCGGGCUCGCACCCACCGAGUGGGAGACGGCAAGAGCUGUUUGCAACACCCUCUACACGACCUGCGACAUUCUGAAGGGAGGUACCUUCGGCCACACCGUCCACGUUCUCAACCAGUUGCUCGACGAGUACAAGCACAUCGAAUCCUACUUCGAGGGCCGCACCUACGACGACGCGGUCGCCAUGCUCAACCAGGAGUUCGAGACUGACAAGGACCGUGUCGUGGCUAUCAUCUACUCGCACACGCAGAUCAAGAAGAAGAACAUCUUCAUGCAGGCCCUCCUGAAUGCCGUCGAACUUCGCGGAAUGCACUUGGUGGCUCCCCUUGCCGAGAACCUCCGCGAGAUCGGCAACAUGUUCCAAACAGAGGAGGUGUCGGAGAAGUGCCGCAACCUUCUGCUCCAGAACAACUACGUCAAGUACCGGAAGUUCGUCAACAAGGUGCUGUGGGACGCGGGCGCGAUUCCGGUCGAGAAACGGGACGUGCUCGAGGUGAAGCCUGUGCAACAGGCGAUCGAAGGGAUCCGCGCGCAUCUCCGCCAGAUUGCCGCCACCAAGGACGAGCACGGUAUGCAGCGCGUGCUCAAGAUCAGCCCCUGGGUGCAUAAGGUCCUGCACGAGUACUUCUUCGACGAGAUCUGCGGUGACCUGGCUGUCCGCGCAUACAUCGGACUACACUUUACGGGCUCUGCCGUGACGGCAAGCCGGCUGAAGUGCGGGGCCACGGCCUACGAUUUCUCCGUGGACUCGUCGUCGCUGGUGCACGCGGUCGCCAACUUUGACUCCCAGCAGCACAUCUCCAUCAUCAAGUUCCCGGCGGCCACCCACCAGACCCUGAUCGCGCUCACCGGCCCCGAGCUCGUCAGCGAGCUGAUCAGCCGCUACAACGGGCUGAAGACCGUGGCGAACGGACGGCGCACACCACUGCGCGUCACCUUCCUCGUCGAGAUGCCCGAAGAGGAGGCGAUGGCCCGCAAGCAGUUGUCCAACCACCGCGAGGCGCUGCUCGAGGAGCUGCCCGCCAACACCAAGGAGGAAGAUGAAACCCUUGCGAUGGCCGACCGCGUGGCCACCGAGGUCCGAGAUGCACUCUCCCAGAAGCUGUCCGCCUUCGAGGUGUCGGCCCACGUUCUGGUCUGCCAGCCAAAUCGUCCCCUCGUCCAGCUGGACAUGAUGACGACCGAGCGUCUGGAGCUGUGGCGACUUCCCUCCGAGGCCCAGCUCGUCUCUGAUCGCUUUUCCUCCCUGCGCGUCUUCAAAUAUGAUGACGUCGACCGGAAACACGCCCGACUUUUUGUCCGCGAGGUGGUCGAGGUGCCCGUCCGAGAUGGCGAUAACUUCUACGAUGAGACGCAAGCCUUGCUCCUUUCCGAGAUCGACUCCGCCUGUGGCGCCAUCAACGUCACCAUGCGACGCUUCGACAAGCAGAGGAAGAGCGUCUACGUCAGCAACCACAUUCUGCUGCACGUCACCUUCCCAAAACUACCACGCGACUUUACCAAGAAGAACGAGGAGCAACUCGAUCUCCUCAUCGAGGAGGCCAUUCGGGAACAGCGUGCCAUUCUUCUGAAGCACUCGGUCACCGAGGUCGAGGUCGUGCUCCCGAAGGUCGGCAGCGAUGGUCGCCCCCUCAAUCGUCGCGUCAAGUUCCACGACACGACGGGCGUGACGGCUGAAUUCGGAAUCUUUGAUGAGCACCAGAGGCACAUCAUCACCCGCAAGUUGUCCCACCAACUCUACGGCGAGCAACUGCACCGUCACAACGUCAUCCGGAAGAUUGAGAAGAAGCGCGCGGUGACGAAGGCCAUUGGCACGACGUACGUCUACGAUCUGCCGAUGCUCUUCGGCCGGGCCACGCUCGAGAGAUGGAAGACGUUGCAGGAGGAGGCUGACACCUCUAGGGGUGAUCUCUUCAAUAGACAACUCGAGCAGCUGUCGGUGGAUCAGCAAGAGGCGUUCUUCAACGGCGACCAUCGACCGUUCUUCUCGCAGAUCGAGCUGACCGUCCGGGAUGGAGUGCUCAUCAAGGUGACCGACCAAUAUGAGCUGCGUCGUCGCGCCGACAACUGCAACAACGAGACCGGCGUCGUCGCCUGGCAGCUCACCCUGCACACCCCGGAGAAGCCGCUUGGAUACACUUGCGUCGUCAUUGCCAACGACAUCACCUUCCAGUCUGGCUCGUUCGCCAUGCCAGAAGAUCACGUCUACACCAUGGCGUCCGAAUAUUCGAGAAAGCACAAGAUUCCGCGCGUCAACAUCUCGGCCAACUCUGGAGCAAGAAUCGGGAUCGCCGACGAGGUGGCCCAGCACUUCCGCGCCAAGUUCAAAGACCCCGAGCACCCGGAAGAAGGCUUCGACUAUCUGUACGUGAACGCCGACGUUGACGAGCGGGUGAAGGAGCAGCUCGUCUACGAGAAGAUGCCCAACCAACUGGAGCUGCGCAUCAAGGCCGUCAUCGGGCGCACCAACGAGCACAUCGGUGUCGAGAACCUGCAGGGGUCUGGGUUGAUUGCUGGUGAGACGUCGGCAGCCUACGAUCAGGUGCCGACCUAUUGCCUGGUGACCGGCAGAUCCGUUGGAAUCGGUGCCUACACCGCUCGAUUGGCCCACCGUAUCGUCCAGACCCGCAACUCUCACCUCAUCCUCACCGGCGCCGGAGCGCUGAACACCGUGCUCGGCAAGGAGGUGUACACCUCGAACAAUCAGCUCGGUGGAAUUCAGAUCAUGCACAAAAACGGCGUGACGCACAACGUCGUCGAGGAUGACUUUGAGGGAGUGUGCAAGAUUCUGCACUGGCUCAGCUACCUGCCCGACAAGUUGGAGAACUUCCCGUACAUGCGCACGUACGGCACCGACUCGGCCCCACGACCCGUCACCUUCCCAAUCGAAGACGCCAAGAUCUACGACGUGCGCCAGCUGAUCGACAGCCGCGACUCGAAACACUUCGAGGGUAUCUGCGACAGCAACUCGUUCGAUGAGAUCAUGUCCGAGUGGGCGAAGACGAUCGUCGCCGGACGCGCACGGCUCGGUGGCAUCCCCAUCGGUGUCCUGUCGUCGGAGCUGCGGAACGUGAAGACCACGAUCCCGGCUGACCCCGCCUGCACCGACUCCCAGUCGAUAGAUGUCCACCAGGCCGGCCAGGUUUGGUACCCGGACUCCGCGUUCAAGACCGCCGAGGCCAUCAACGACUUCAACCGCGAGAAUCUGCCCCUGCUCUUCAUCGCCUCCCUUCGUGGCUUCUCCGGCGGCCAGCAAGACAUGUACCAGAUGGUGCUCAAAUUCGGCGCCCACAUCGUCGACGCGUUGCGCAACUACAAGCAGCCGGUGAUCAUCUACAUCCCCAGCGGUGGUGAGCUGCGUGGAGGCGCUUGGGUCGUGCUCGACUCAAAGAUCAACCCCGGCUUCAUUCAAAUGGUAGCCGACGAAGAGUCGCGCGGUGGCAUCCUGGAGCCCCCCGCCGUCAUCGGCAUCAAGUUCAAGGCCGAGAAGAUGAGGGCCCUUCAACGUCGUAACGACCCGAUCCUCAUCCGACUCCAACAGGAGCUGGACGAGGCGAAGAAGGCCGACAAGGACCCGGUGAUUGCGACCACCGAGGCGACGCGACUACGGCGACUGAUUGACGAGCGCUCCGAGGGACUCCUGAAGGCGUACCGCGGAGUUGCCGUUGAAUUUGCGGAUCUGCACGACAGAGCCGAGCGCAUGCAGAAGAAGGGUGCCGUGCAACACGUGACGCCGCUGCGCGAAUCGCGAAACCUGUUCAUCAACAUUCUCAAGACCGAGUCGGCCAAGAUCGCCCUCUGCGAGCGAUACCUGGUGAAGGCGCCGCGUGACGCUACCCCACAAGAAGCCUACGAAUGGGUGGGCGAGACGCUGGAGAAGUUCCACAGCGGCUUCCGGGCACUUGGACCCGCCGAGCAGUACCCGGUCGUCGCCCAGUUUGUCGAGGGCCAAGAGGCUCAGAAGCAGCUGCGCGCCGUCCACGAGGGUUCCGUUGAAAGAGACCUACUCGGCCUCAGCGACGACGAGCUGCGGCAGAUGAAGGCUCUUUUGGAGAAGUGUGCAGCCGCGCGUCGCAUCUCCCUC